AUGGCAGUCCCCAUCCGCUGCGGAGAGCGAGUCGGGAGGCGACAUGAUGUCAGUGGACGGCGUGCGGGUGAUGACGUCAUCGGCCGUGGCCCAAAGGGCUCCUCAGUCCUGCCGCUGAGAGACAGGAGAGGGAGUGAGUGCGAGCGGCACUGCCGAGCAGCCUCCUUCCUCCUCGGCCACCGUAUCGGAAGCCCGCAGCACCCUCGCCGGCCGCCGUCCGGUCGCUCAGCCCGGCCCGGGAGGCUUAGGGAGGCAAGGAGUCCGACGCUCUCCCCUCUCCCCAGUCGGCGGCAGCAGAUGGAGCGGAGCAGCCGGAGGCAGCCGGCGGCAGGGAGCCUGGGUUCGCAGGGUGGGCGGCCGCGGCGCUCCGCGGGGCGCCCCCCGGCUCAGUUUCUCCUGGUGCUGCUGAUGCUGCUGGUGCCGGGGCCCGAGGCGGCGGCGGCCGAGGGGAAGGAGUGCGAUAAGCCGUGCGCCAAUGGCGGGCGCUGCCAGCCGGGCAGCGGGCAGUGCGAGUGCCAGGCCGGCUGGGUGGGGGACCAGUGCCAGCACUGCGGGGGCCGCUUCAGGCUAACUGGAUCUUCUGGAUAUGUAACAGAUGGGCCUGGAAAUUAUAAAUACAAAACAAAAUGCACAUGGCUCAUUGAAGGAAAGCCAAAUACAAUCCUGAGGCUUCGAUUCAAUCACUUUGCUACAGAAUGCAGUUGGGACCAUUUGUAUGUGUAUGACGGAGACUCAGUUUAUGCUCCAUUAGUGGCAGCUUUUAGUGGUCUUAUUGUUCCUGAGAGGGAAGGCAAUGAAACAAUCCCAGAAGUUGUAGCCACUUCUGGCUAUGUCCUACUCCAUUUCUUUAGUGAUGCUGCCUAUAAUUUGACAGGGUUCAACAUCACCUAUAAUUUCAACAUGUGUCCCAAUAAUUGUUCUGGCCGAGGAGAGUGCAAACUCAGUAACGGCAGUAACUCUGUUAAAUGUGAAUGUUCUGAACACUGGAAAGGAGAGGCGUGUGAUAUUCCUUAUUGCACAGAUGAUUGUGGAUAUCCUGCGAGAGGUCAGUGCAACAUGAAUGGGACCAAAGGAUGCUCGUGCUAUUCAGACUGGCAAGGUCCUGGCUGUGCACUCCCUGUACCAGCUAAUCAGUCGUUCUGGACUCGUGAGGAAUACUCUAGUCCAAAGCUUCCCAGAGCGUCUCACAAAGCUGUUGUCAAUGGCAAUGUAAUGUGGGUUGUUGGAGGCUACAUGUUCAAUCAUUCCGAUUCCCGUAUGGUUUUAGCGUAUGACCUUGUUUCUGAGGAGUGGCUUCCACUGAACAGCACUGUGAACUCUGUAGAGAUUAGAUAUGGUCACUCAUUGGCAUUACAUGAGAAUAAAAUCUAUAUGUAUGGAGGAAAAAUAGAUGCAACAGGGAAUGUGACCAAUCAGCUGUGGGUAUUCCAUAUACACAAUGAGUCAUGGGUUCAAGUGACCCCAGAAGCCAAGGAGCAGUAUGCCGUUGUUGGCCACUCAGCACACGUUGUCACUCUGGAAGAUGGCAGUGUUGUUAUGCUCGUCAUCUUUGGGCACUGCCCUCUGUAUGGAUAUAUCAGCAAUCUGCAGGAAUACAACCUUGCGACAAAUACAUGGAAUAUUUUACAAACAAGUGGAGCCUUGGUGCAGGGAGGCUACGGUCACAGCAGUGUUUACGAUCCAAACACCAAAUCAAUCUAUAUCCAUGGAGGUUACAAAGCAUUCAGUGCCAACAAGUAUAGACUAGCAGAUGACUUAUACAAAUAUGAAGUUGAUACACGGAUGUGGACGAUUCUUAAAGAUAGUAGAUUUUUCCGCUAUUUGCACACUGCUGUGAUAAUGAGUGGAACCAUGCUGGUGUUUGGAGGAAAUACACACAAUGACACAUCAAUGAGCCAUGGUGCUAAGUGCUUUUCUUCAGAUUUUAUGGCAUAUGAUAUUGCUUGUGAUCAUUGGUCAGUACUUCCUCGACCUGAUCUCCAUCAUGAUGUCGACAGAUUUGGACAUUCUGCUGUGCUGAGUAACAGCACUGUGUAUAUAUUUGGAGGUUUCAACAGUCUCCUCCUGAGCGAUAUCCUGAGGUAUACACCAGAAAGCUGUGAAGCUUAUGACAAUGAGACAUCUUGCUUAAGAGCAGGUCCUGGAGUCAGGUGUGUGUGGAACACCACUUUUUCUCUGUGUGUCCCAUGGGAAAGAGCAACAGCAGAGCAACAACAAAAAGUUUUUGAAGAAUGUCCUUCAAAACCAGAUCAUGAAAAAUGUAAUCAGAUUACAGACUGCUAUAGCUGUACAGCGAAUACGAAUAACUGUCAAUGGUGCACUGACCAGUGUAUCUUAAAGCAUAACAACUGCACAGAUGAUCAGGUACCCCUUACUGAAUAUGACAAAUGCCCCAAGGAUAAUCCCGCAUAUUAUUGUAACAAAAAGACAAGUUGUAAAAGCUGUGCCAUGGAUCAGAACUGUCAGUGGGAGCCCAGAAAUCAAGAGUGCAUAGCUUUACCUGAAAAUAUCUGCGGAGCAAACUGGCAUUUGGUUGGCAACUCGUGUUUGAAAAUCACUCGUACAAAAGAGAGCUAUGACAAUGCUAAAUUGGCAUGCAGAACUCACAAUGCUCUACUGGCAUCUCUCACAACCCAGAAGAAGGUGGAAUUUGUUCUAAAGGAGCUGCAGAGAAUGCAGUCUUCGCCCAAAACUUUGACCCCAUGGGUAGGGCUGCGGAAGAUCAAUGUGUCGUACUGGUGCUGGGAAGACAUGUCUCCAUUUACAAACACCUUGCUCCAGUGGCUGCCUGGGGAACCAAGUGAUGCUGGAUUUUGUGGAUAUUUAGCUGAGCCUUAUCAGCAGGGAUUGAAGGCCGCAACAUGUAUCAACCAAGUUAAUGGCAGUAUCUGUGAAAGGCCUGCUAACCACAGUGCCAAGCAAUGUCGCACGCCCUGUGCCUUGAGGACGGCGUGUGGAGAAUGCACGAGUGGCAGCUCUGAAUGCAUGUGGUGCAGUAACAUGAAACAGUGCGUGGACUCAAAUGCUUACGUGGCCUCUUUCCCCUAUGGCCAGUGUAUGGAGUGGUACACCAUGAGCAGUUGUCCACCUGCAAACUGUUCUGGCUACUGCACAUGUAGUCAUUGUUUGGAACAGCCUGGCUGUGGUUGGUGUACGGACCCUAGUAACACAGGAAAGGGGAAAUGCAUGGAAGGCUCCUACAGAGGUCCAGUAAAGAUGCCAUCUCCACCAACAACAGGAAAAUACUACCUGGAACCCAUCCUUAACGUCAGCAUGUGUCCAGCAGAGAACAAAUACAACUGGUCCUUUAUCCAGUGUCCAGCCUGCCAGUGCAAUGGGCACAGUAAAUGUGUAAAUGAAAGCAUCUGUGAAAAGUGUGAGAACCUGACAACUGGCAAACACUGUGAGACUUGUAUAUCUGGCUACUAUGGAGAUCCUACUAAUGGAGGAACAUGCCAGUCUUGCAAGUGUAAUGGUCAUGCCUCUAUCUGUAAUACAAAUACAGGAAAGUGUUUCUGUACUACCAAAGGAAUUAAAGGAGAUGAGUGUCAACUGUGUGAGGUAGAAAAUCGAUACCAAGGAAAUCCACUUAAAGGAACAUGUUAUUAUACUCUUCUUAUCGACUAUCAGUUCACCUUCAGCCUUUCCCAAGAGGACGAUCGCUACUAUACUGCAAUCAAUUUUGUAGCAACACCUGAAGAGCAAAAUAGAGACCUGGACAUGUUUAUCAACGCAUCUAAAAACUUCAACCUGAACAUAACUUGGUCAACGAGUUUUGCAGCUGGCACCCAGGCAGGGGAGGAGAUUCCAGUUGUUUCAAGGUCCAACAUAAAGGAAUACAAGGACAGCUUCUCCAAUGAGAAAUUUGAUUUCCGGAGCAACCCCAACAUCACUUUCUUUGUUUACGUGAGCAACUUCACCUGGCCGAUAAAAAUACAGAUUGCUUUCUCACAGCACAGCAACUUUAUGGACCUGGUACAGUUCUUUGUGACAUUUUUCAGUUGUUUCCUGUCUUUGCUCCUGGUAGCUGCCGUGGUUUGGAAGAUUAAACAAAGUUGCUGGGCAUCACGACGAAGAGAGCAACUACUCCGUGAGAUGCAACAGAUGGCUAGCCGUCCCUUUGCCUCCAUCAAUGUUGCCUUAGAAACAGAUGAAGAGCCGCCUGAUCUCAUUGGAGGAAGCAUAAAGACUGUUCCCAAACCCAUCGCGCUGGAGCCGUGUUUUGGAAACAGAGCAGCUGUCCUCUCAGUAUUUGUGAGGUUGCCUCGAGGAAUGGGAGGUAUCCCACCACCAGGGCAGUCAGGUCUUGCGGUGGCCAGUGCUUUGGUGGACGUUUCACAACAAAUGCCAAUUGCCUACAAAGAGAAAUCAGGAGCAGUACGAAAUCGGAAACAACAGCCCCCAGCACAGCCAGGAACCUGUAUUUGAUGCAUGGACAUCAUAGACUGUCUCUCUAGGGUUUUAAACACCAGUAACACAUCGGAGGAGGAGGAGAAAGAUUUUACAGUUGUGACACACAAGAGACUAAAAAUAUAUGGGAAACACAACUUCCUUGAAUCCAGCCUUUUUUCUCAUAUACUCGAUAGUUGGCUUUGUUUGACAAUUGCUCCACUUAAGUUUUACUGACAUAUGCCACAGGAUGGUUCGACUUCUUCUCCCCCGGUUAAAAAAAUAUAUAUAUUAUUUCAGGUCCAGUAACCUCUAAUCACCACCACUGAAGGUCAAAGUGAAUAAACCAGUAGUACAAACAUAAAUGACACUCAGGUUUAUGCAUGGAAAGUGCAUUAUAGUACAUGUAUUUAUCAAACUGUGCCAAAAGGGGGGGGGGAAGAUGCAGCAUUUCCAGGUACGUCUCAGCCCUCAACACUAAUAUUAAACUUCAGCGUUGUUGUCAUUUCAUAUGUAAUAAUUUCAAAGAUUUUGUUUAUUCCCACAUUAUUUAAUUAGUGCUUUUUUGUCAUUUAUGGUCCAGCUUAAUAUAUAGCAUCAAGAUAGGAAAGAAUGAAGCCAAGACUGAAUAUUGUACAUUGCUUACGCUGAGUCCAAUAUUUACAAAGUUGAAUGUCAUUUUCUAAAGCAUUCGUGGUUCUGUCAUCUUAACCCAGUUGAAAUACAUGCACACAAGUGCCUAGACUUAAGCAGAUCUAGGAAGUGAGGGAAUUAGUGCAUGCAGGUUUUUACAUAAUUGUGUUCCUAUAUUUCUGUAAAAAUUAAUUAGUCACCCAGGGCAAUCUCUGCCAUUUGUAAUGCAUCAUUUGUAGUCAGAGAAGAUGAGGGCAUUUUCCCACCCAAGAAACUACUUAAUCUGGUAGCAGUAUCUUGCGGGGGAAAGUGGAAUUGAGUUCCUGUAUCUUAUGUGAACGCUGCUGUUUUCACCAGCUGGCAUAAAUGGAAGUUGUGUGUACCUGUGGCCUGCUACCUAAUUAUUACUUGGUGUUACCUUUUGAGUCCUUUUCUGCCCCUUUGACCUUCCCUGUUCUUGUGGACAAGGACUGCACCCUAUCAGUGGUCAGAAGCGUUGCUGUUCAGCACUUCCUCUUAAGGAACUGGAGCGGCUCCUUGAGGCCCCGUUGGUCUGAAGAUUUUAAUUUUAAAAAACGUAGUAGCUCUGUUUGGCCUCGUGUUUGAAUGUUCAAUCUUGAAUUUCCCCCAGUGACUGUACGGUGUGGGGUAACUGCCUUAGAUACGUGAGGGAGACUUAUUGCUGAUAGGAUGCACUCAGUAGUUGUAGAAGAGGGCUCGGUGUCGCAAGGGAUUUAUUAUACUUUCUAACUCUUUUUGCAGUUGAGCCUCAAAAUGAUGCUGAUGAGGUUUAUUAGACUCAAAAUUCGGCCUACCUUGUCAUCAUUAGAAUCUGACAUAAGAGGAGGUUUAGAAAUAUAUUUAGAAAAUAUAUUUCUAAACCUGCAAGUUAAAUGUCCUCAGGAGGGGUUGAUAAGGAGAAACUUUGUGGAGUGAAAGUUUUUAGUCAACUUUAAUGUUAGCUAGGUGCACAGAUUGCCUCAGAGUCACCUCCCAAAAGAACUUGCAACUUCCCUUGUUUAUAGGGCUGCCCCGGGCUAGACCACACCAGAGAAAUAACGCAAGAUAAAAUUUUCCCCCUGUAUAUUUAAUUACCUCACAAAUGCAGAUCUAGUAUUCAUAGACCCUUACCCAAUUACCCAUCACACUGGGAAAACGAACACUGGCUACAAUUCAGGAAAGCUUUUAACCUUAUGCUUAAGUCCAUACUUAUUCAGGACAGCACUUAAGCAGGUGCCUAAAGUUAUGCCUAUGCUUAGGUAAAGCAAUGCUUUGCUAAAUGGGGGCCAUUAAGUGAAAUUAUUUUUACUUUAGAAAAAACAAAAAACACAUUUCUGCUCCCUUUUAGAGAAUUGUCGUAUGCUCAGAUUGUUGUGUCUCAAUUGCUUACAGCAGAAGUGUGGCCAGAAUACUCUCAAGAAAGGAGUUAAGGGGCAGAUGUUAAAAAUAAGGAAGACAAGUGAAAUUGAUCAAUAUUAAGUUUAAUUGAGCCCAAAACUGUAAAUAGAGGAAUAAGACUUUAUUAAUAUAAAUGAAACAAAAAGAUCCUUUAGGCUUUAGCCUUGCUCUGUAUCUUAGCUCCAUAUGGACAAGGGAAAAGAGAACUCUCAUACGUAUCUCUGCUGCAAGGAGUUUCAUCCCAGUUCAAAAUAAAUUAUCGGGGGAAGGAGUGAAGAGAGGAGAGCGGAGGGGCUGGGGAGAAGAAAACAAACUGCAGGUGUUUCAUCAGUGUACCAACAUCAAAAGUGGAUGAUUGGGGGUCAUAAAGGGGAUUCUUUACAAAACAACAACCACCUGUAAUUUCAUAGGAGAAUCUGUAAAUAAGUGAAAAAUAACACACUGAUUUUGCACUUGUAAAUAAACUAUACAGUAGUGCAGAAUGUGGACAGAGUUAGCGUGUAUAUAAAACAGAAAUAUCUAAUGUAUUUUUGAUGCAUUUUAAAUGAUGUAUGAGUUUUGUCUUAACUUCUUCAUAUGAUGAUUAAGUAACUUUCCAGAGCUUUAAAAAGUCAUCAGAUUAAUGCCUGAUAUCUGGCAGUAGAAAGCAAGGAGGCAUAACCUGGCAUUUUUAUGUAUUUAAAUACAUUCACUUGAACAAUAAAAGCAAAGUAGUUUAAAAUACAGCUCUUCCAUGAGAAAAAAGAACAAUUAGAAACAGGUGAUAUUUAUACUUAAAGCAGCCACUAUUAUGAGAUUAUUAAGUUGAUGGUGUGCUGCCCAAGUCUCUAUCAUUAAGAUUGUGCUAGUGAGUCCAUUCCAAAUCACUGUUUUCUGGGGUUUUAUAACCGUGGGUGAAAUUUGGUAUACAAGGUCUCACAUUGUUCACUGGGAACAUUUUUAUUCUUUGCAAAGGUUUUUUUUUAGGUGUUAUUUUAACUGGAAAUGUUGCAACCUCCUGAAUGUAGAAAAUUCAAUUAGUGCCACUGGAUACAAAAAUACAUUAAUUGAAACCAAUUUUUGUUCACAAACCUGCUUCAGUUUUUUCACCAGAAUUUCAUUUGGAUUUUUUUUUAGCAUGCAUGAUCGGGUGCAGCAGACCCUAUAGUCAUGUUGGUCAGUAAUUUGUAUUUAGAGGAAGAUUUAUGGGUACACCCACCAUCAAGUCUCUUUUAAAGCUAUCGGCUUAAAAACAUACUGUACCAAAAAUGCCAAUGUACAGAUGUGUAUGGUGCCUGUGAAUUCCCAAUAUGUAAUGUACCAAAAUAUGGUGAUAUUGUAUCAUGAAAGAAUGACAGGCCAUAAAAGGCGUCUUGUGCCAGAUAUAUAGUUCCUUAAAGGUAGGAUGCAUACUAAAUAUUGUUCUUAUAUGUCAUACUCUGUCUGGCAAAACUGUACCAACAUAUCUAUUUACUGGGUUUAGAGUGUUUUCUCAAAUGGCUGUUCAUCUCGCCAGUCCUAAAUUUAGCUUAAAUGACCCUUCAGUGAAAUCCAUGCCCCCCUUCCCCAAGGGACUGAAAUAAAACAUUAAGGUUUUCACACAAACCAGUGAAGCCAAAGACUGCUGAUUCUCAGUCCUGAAGUGACAUGAAUGUUAGAGAUUUUUUUUUUUCUUUUUCAUAAAAGCCUAAAUUCAGGACUGAGUGUCAAAUGGAACUUUGAACCUGCUGGCUUUGGGCUUGCCACAAUUCUUUAAAUAUCGGCUCUGUAAAUACAUGUGCUCCACCACUGACCUUAAAAUAAAAACUGACUGUACAUGUCAGGAGCGACUUUUAAACUAAGCCAUCUACGUUUCCAUAGUAAUCUCUGUGGGGUUUUUUAAUCUUCAAUCUUCAUUUCCGAGUGCAACAGUUUGUUUUACAGUGGAUUCCUAAAGUAAGCUGGAACAUCAGGUUCUGUGAAGAAACAUGCAUGUUUCAUAUACAAAGGUGCAUCUCCGUCUCCAUUUUUGAAUAUAUAUGCACUAGCUUUUGGGGUGGAGUGGAGGCAAGAGAAGGAUAAGAGAUGCUUUUACUUUUCUGACAUGCUGUAGAUAAUUUUAGUCAUAACCUUGCUUUCUGUUUUAGUUGCUUGAAAUAAGUAAGUUCAUCACGUGCCAGUAAUGCCUACAAUAACACACAUGCUGUUUAUUCUGCUUCUGGAUCAGGAUGAUGGUAGCCCAAUUUACUGUCUUUCUAAAACAAUAAACUACCUUUGUGUGUCUUCCAGGUACUAAAGACAUUUCCCCCUGUGUUAUCCACCCACUCCAAAAUGCUCACCAGGAAAAAAAACAAAACCCACACAAAUCUAUUUGUGGAAGAGUGUAAAAUAAAUAAGUCCAUUUUUUAAAAAAAUAAAAAAUAAAAAUAAAAAUAGAUUUUAUAUUAUUCUGAAAUUUGUGCACACUAAAUGUUCUUUACACUAAGAUCCUUGAACUAAUUCGGUCUUAAUUUUUUUUGUUCUGUAGUUAUUUACAGUCCUUAUCUGUGUUCCGACUCGAGCUUAGUUUGUUAAUAUGUAUAAUUUAGUGUUUAUUGCAUUCAUAUGUAAAUACCUAGUAAGUAUUGUAAACUAUUUCAUUGCUGGGGAUUGUGGGUGUUAUACAUACACACAUUUAGGACUGCAGUUUUUUGGUAUAAUUUUUUGUAUUGUAAAAUAACAGCUAAUUUAAGCAGGAACAAGAGAAUUAUGGGAAGUCAGUGCAUUUUAAACACAUAUGUGAAGUACAUGUAAAUAAAUAAAAAGUAAAUAAUGCAAAACAUUCUUCUGAAAUAAAAAGUAGGAAAUCUG